GUGGCACGCGUUUGCGUCCCUGGCCUGGAUCAAUGGAUUGUGCGCAACACGGCCUUGUUCGUUUGUUUGUUUGUUUGUUUGUUUGUUUGUUUGUUUGUUUGUGGCAUCGAUCAAGUGUCAACGGGCUCGCAGAUAUUAAUCAAAACACGAGACUUGUGAAAGGAGGAGGAGAACCAAACGUGCCGGACGCUCGCUCGCUAUAUGGCGUAAGAUCAUGGCGAUGAGCAAAAUAGGCUUUUUGCGUGCAUCACGCAUGCACCCGUCCGUCAUAAAGUUCCCACAAGCAGCCAGCCAAUGGACGAGCAACAAAUGUGCAAAACCUUGAAAGCAUGACGAGGGCGCUUGUUCACUCCAUUUCGUCGCUCUUCACACAGCUCUCUCCAGCUCCGAAGGCUGGUUCACUUAAGACUCGUCUUGGAAAGCGAGAAAGAAGAUGAACUUCUCCAAGCUGCUGUGCUUGGUCCUCGUCUACAUUGAGCAAUUUGGCCGAGCGCUAGAGUGCAAAGGCGUGCAGGAUGGGAGUAAGGAUUGCGAGGGCAAGCAGGACGAACAGGUCAAAUUGAUCAUUCAAGACACAGAGAACGCAGACACCACCUGGUUGAAGGGACUGUCACCCGUCAGCACCCAAGCUAAUAAAUACACAAUAGUUAAUGAUCCUCAACCAAAGUCUCUGACGAUCUUGAGCCUGGAAGAAGCCGACGAGGGAACCUACAAGGCCGCUUACGGCGAUCCCGUAAAAUCUGAAAGCUUCAACGUCAAAGUGAUACCAGUCUGCAAGGGCAGCAGCACCAAGACGAAGUGCAAGGGCAAGAGCGGCGGAAAACUCACAUUGGAAGCCAUCGGUAUCCCCGGUCCCAUCACCUGGGUGAAGGGGUCCACCACCAUUACCGAGUCGGGUACCAAGUACGGUCCAGUUAACCAGUCUACCCUGCUGAUCAAGGAGCUGGCAGAACUCGACCAGGCAGACUACAAGGCCACCGGCACUGGCAGCUCAGCACAAGAGUUUGCCGUCCAAGUGGCGCCAGUCUACAUGGGCAGCACUGAAACACCCAAGCCGUGCGUGGGCAACCUGGACAGAGACAUCGUGUUGAAGAUCGGAGGCUCAGUUAGCAACAAGGAGGUCGUCUGGACGAAGGGCGACGUUACCCUUACGGGUGUCAAAUACGUCAAAAGCGGAAACGAUGAGUCGGUGCUGAAGAUCACGAACCUGGCAGCCAACGACGCGGGAGAGUACAAGGCCGUGUACAACGAUCCAGAGGUUACCGAAAUCUUCAUUUUGGAGGUGAAAAGUGUCACUCCUGACAACGACAAGGCCCCUCCCGGCGGCGGCACCAAGAAGCCCAGCGACGACGGCGGCACCAAGAAGCCCAGCGACGGCGGCGGCCCCAAGAAGCCCCGCAGCGGCGGCGGCGGCAACCUGUCCUACUCACCUGCUCUGCUGGUGACAGUCAUCCUGGUGCAUCUGCUGCUUCAGCUGGCCGCCUAGAAGGCAGCAAGCCAAAGGAGAAGGGAGA